AUGGCGGAGCGUUCCGUGGGUCAGCUCGGAGGCGAGAGGAGCUUGGUGUCAAACAAAGAGUUCCAGUCAAUCGCAUAUGGCUACCCGCAGCGCACGGCCAAAAAUCUGCUCGACGAGUCGCCCCUACCGCCCGCGCCCGAGGCAAAGGUUGUGGUCAUUCGGCUGGUCGACGCGAACGCCCUCGCCCUGAUGGCGUUCGGGUUUAGCACGUUGAUGUUUGCCGCGUUCCUGUGCGACUGGAAGGACCUUGGAGACAGCAACUCGGACCGCUACGGCUUUGCCUACAUCCCCGAUAUGCUCACCUGGGGCGUCUCGCUCAGUCUGACCGUUAGCGGCAUUAUCCAAGGGCUGAACGACGACCUGUUGGGCUUCUCGUCCUACCUGUUCCACGCGGCCAUGCUCGGCACCAUCGGCUACAACUUUGAGGAGAACCUCCUGGGAAACACGACGACGAGGUUUGACAUGAUCGCCUGGUUAUGUUACGCCGCGACUUGGAUCAAUCUGGUGUUUGCUCUCAUGGCCGUCAAAAUCGCCGCCCUGUUUGGCGUUCUGUACCUGACGGUGGCGAACAUGUUCUUCUUUGUCGGGCUCAACUUCCACGGCGUCUUUGACCACUACGGUCCGCAGGCCAGACAGCUGACACGUGACAGGUAUCAGUAG